AAGCACGUCUGGACAUAUCGACCAAACAAUGUCUCACCACUCGCUAAUCCCACGCCCAUGCCUCUCAACCCCCCAAUCCCAAGAUGGUGCAUUUUAACCGUAUAAAUUGAUACUCUCAGGCCACGAAAUAUCAAACCACCAAAACUCUUUCUUCUUCUUCAAGUCUGUCAAAAACAUUAGCCUUAAAACCUUAGCCAUGUCACUUUCUUCCACCUUUGCUUUUACUGUGCACCGGCGUGAGCCUGAACUGGUGGCUCCAUCAGAUCCUACACCACGUGAAAUAAAAAAACUUUCCGAUAUAGACGACCAAGAGGGUCACCGGUUUCAAGUUCCAGGGUUGAUUUUCUAUAAAAAUAAUCCUUCAAUGGAAGGGAAAGAUCCAGUUGGAGUCAUUCGAGAAGGACUUGCCAAAACACUGGUUUAUUUCUAUCCUUUUGCUGGUAGGAUUAUGGAAGGAGACAAUAGAAAACUCAUGGUUAAUUGCAAUGGCAAAGGCGUGUUGUUCGUAGAAGCAGAUGCAAAUAUCAAGGUUGAGCAGCUUGGGGAUAACAUAUUGCCGCCAUGUCCAUUCCUUGAAGAGUUUCUGCAUGAUGUACCUGGUUCUGGAGGGACCAUCGGCUGCCCUCUUUUGCUGUUUCAAGUAAGACCAACUAACCUAAAAGUUUAACUGCAAGACACGAGACAAAACUAAUUGAGUCAUGCUGUGCUGCCACACCUCCCUGACAGCACAUUCACAUGGGAGAGGAGAGGAGCAUUUUUUUGACAUUUUUAAUUCAUGCAGUCCCACGCGGGUCUCAUGCACUGUGAGGAUAUGUCAACCAAGUUGUUAAACUCUUCUUCAUGGCAAAAGAGUUUAAUUCAAACUAAAUAAAUAGGUGUCCAUAAAUUUAGACUUCUAUCACACUUCUUGUGUGCUGGUUGGGUUUAUUUUUCUUAUCAAGGGGUUAGCAUGAGUAUCUAAGGGCAAGCUUGGGAGUUUUUUUUUUUUUUUUUGAGUAUCGUUUAUGAGGGGCUGAAAAAAUCAGCAUUUGCUAGUUUUUGGGAACUUGCUUUGGAUGGUUUUCCCAUCCAAAGUCAGUGUAGUAUAAUUUUGAUCCUUCCAAUCCACCAAAUUUUUUUUGGA